AUGGCCCCACAGAGAGCUGUGCAGCUGUCCCUGAAAAAGCCCACCUACGCUGUGUGUGUGGUGGGAAUCGAAACGUACGUGGAUGUUCACAGUGAUGUGCCCAAGGGUGCUGAGACCUUCAGGGUCUCUGGGAGCUCCGGGGUGGAGGUCUUCACGGUCUACAACACAGCACAGGUGACAGAGCCCAUAGACAAGGCCCACUGGCCCCUGGAUGCUGGCGUGGACGUGAUCAUAUCUGUGGACGCAGCCAGUAAGGCUUUAAACGAUCUCAAGGUGAACGUCUCCUACUUCGGGCAGCAGAAGGACAGUGCUUUGGGCCACAGUGUGCUCUACCUCACUGGCACCGACAUCUCCCUCGACGUCGACACGGGCCGCACGGGCAAGGUGAAGAGGAGCCAAGGCGACAAGAAAACCUGGCGCUGGGGCCCUGAGGGCUAUGGGGCUGUCCUGCUGGUAAACUGUGACCGGGAUAGUCUCAGGUCCAGGGGGAUCGACCUCGCCAACACUCAGCUGACAUCACUGGAUGACCUGCAGGACAUGGCCCCAAUGGUGCUGAACUGCGAUGGCCCUGAUGAGCUCUUUGACAGCCACAAGCUGGUCUUGAACGUGCCGCUUUCUGAUUCCAGGAGAGUGGGGGUCUUCUGCGCUAGGGGUGGGAAUUCUCUCUCAGACUACAAGCAGGUGCUGGGGCCCUGGCGUCUGUCCUACGAUGUGGAGCGGCAUCCGGGGGAGCGGAAGAUCAGCUUCUACGUGGAGGGGCUCACCUUUCCCGACGCUCAUUUCUUGGGGCUGGUCUCUCUCAGCGUCAGCCUGGUGGACACCAAGACCCUGCCUGAGGUGCCCCACUUCACAGACACCGUGACCUUCCGCAUGGCCCCCUGGAUCAUGACCCCCAACACCCAAAGCCCCCUGGAGCUGUAUGUGUGCAGUGUCGUAGACUCCCAUGGCUCAAAUGAGAAGUUUCUGAAAGACAUGUCUGACCUGGCGUCGAAAGCCAACUGCAAGCUGAUCGUCUGCCCUUGGAUUGAGAAUGGGAAUGACCGCUGGAUCCAGGAUGAGAUGGAGUUUGGCUACAUCGAGGCUCCUCACAAAUCCUUCCCAGUGGUCUUUGACUCCCCCCGAAACAGACGCCUGAAGUAUUUCCCUUAUAAGAGUAUCCUGGGUCCGGACUUUGGAUAUGUAACCCGGGAAAUCCCGUUCGCUGGUGUCUCUGGCCUUGACUCCUUCGGCAACCUGGACGUCAGCCCGCCCGUCACAGUGGAGGGCAAGGAGUACCCCCUGGGCCGAAUCCUCAUUGGCAGCAGCUUUCCCAAGUCUGGCGGGCAGCAAAUGGCCAAGGUGGUGCGCGACUUCCUGAAGGCCCAGCAGGUGCAGGCGCCCGUGGAGCUCUACUCUGACUGGCUCUACGUGGGCCACGUGGACGAGUUCCUGAGCUUUGUGCCCACCUCCGACCAGAAGGGCUUCCGGCUGCUCCUGGCCAGCCCCAGCGCUUGCCUCGAACUGUUCCAAGAGAAGAAGGAGGAGGGCUACGGGGAGGCGGCCCAGUUUGACGGGUUGAAGCGCCAGGCGAAGAGAAGCAUUAAUGAGAUGCUGGAAGACAGACGUCUCAGGAAUGACAACCUCCAUGUACAGAAAUGUAUCGACUGGAACCGGGAGGUGCUGAAGCGGGAGCUGGGCCUGACGGAGCGAGACAUUGUGGACAUCCCCCAGCUCUUCUUCCUGAAGGAUUCCUAUGCAGAAGCCUUCUUCCCCGACAUGGUGAACAUGGUGGUCUUAGGCAAGUACCUGGGCAUCCCCAAACCCUUCGGGCCCAUAAUCAACGGCAGCUGCUGUCUGGAGGAGAAGGUGAGGUCCCUUUUGGAGCCCCUGGGCCUCUACUGUAUCUUCAUCGAUGACUACUUGUCCUACCACAAGCUGCUUGGAGAGAUCCACUGCGGCACCAACGUGCGCCGGAAGCCCUUUCCCUUCAAGUGGUGGCACAUGGUGCCCUGAGCCUGCUCAGGCUCUCUCCCCACCUGCCAGGGAAUCCCGCCAGGAUAAGGAACCUCCACCUGGCCUCCAUCCUCUUGGGGGAGCCUUGGACGCUUCCUCCUGUGUGCUCACAAGUGUGCUGGUCACCGUGGGUACCAGGAUACAGGGAUGGACACCACAGAUCCUCACCUCUGGCGUGGCCUGCCAGCUCAAGAAGGACUGCUUUCACUCUUCCCUCCCCUCUUCCCCAACCACAACUCCCAGAGGUUCUGGAAAAGAUCAACAGCCUUAGCACAUGCAAGUAUGGCAGCGUGUGGCCUCAGCAGUUGCCCCAAUUUGAGUUGCCCCUCCUCUGUUCUGACAUUCCCUUCGUGUUUGCACCAGGAAUGGGGCUCACAGGGCCUGGGGCCUGGGGUGAGGGCCCUGGGUCUAGGCCACCGGUGGCUCUUGUAAGACCAGGAAGGGGGAUUUGGGGCCCCCUUUUUCCUUUUCUGGCUAUCUUCUCCUUCAGGGGGCCCCCAUGCUGAGAUCUCCUAGCACCCCUCAGCCAUAUUUAUGUAGGCAAAUAAGGACAGGAAAACUCAGCGUCU